GGCUCAAGCCUUUGAUUGGGGAUGUGCAGAUGGAGGCCGGAGGAGACACUGCUGCCCCAGCCCCCGGGGGCGCAGGGGGCUUGGAGGACACGCGGUUCCCCGGUGAGGAGACUGAUGACAGUGAGGGGGUUCACGCCGGCCCGCCACAUCUCGGAGACGGGGACCUGGAGGAAACAGGAUCCAAGGCCAAGGACCAACCACACAGCCCAUCACCACUGCUUCAUUCAGAGGGCCCAUCAAGUACCCGUACCUGUCAGCUUUGGGAUUCUGCAGCCUCUGAGAGUAGUCCCAUGGGCAGCCCUGAGAGUGGCUCUGGAGGCCAAGGCGGGGAUCCCAAUGAUGAGGACUGGCGCAGCCAGCGGAAGCAUGUGUUUGUGCUGAGUGAGGCUGGCAAGCCCAUCUACUCACGGUACGGUAGUGUGGAGGCGCUGUCAGCUACCAUGGGUGUGAUGACAGCCCUGGUGUCCUUUGUGCAGAGUGCAGGAGAUGCCAUCCGCGCCAUCUAUGCUGAGGACCACAAGCUGGUGUUCCUACAGCAGGGCCCACUGCUACUGGUGGCCGUGUCACGGACAACCCAGUCAGCAGCCCAGCUGCGAGGGGAGCUGUUAGCUGUGCACGCUCAGAUUGUGAGCACACUGACACGUGCAAGUGUUGCCCGCAUCUUCGCACACAAGCAGAACUAUGACCUCCGCCGCCUGCUGGCUGGCUCCGAGCGCACACUGGACCGACUUCUGGACAGCGUGGAGCAAGAUCCUGGUGCCCUGCUCCUCGGGGCUGUGCGCUGUGUACCCCUUGCCCGCCCGACACGGGACGCCCUGGGUGCGCUGCUCCGGCGUUGCACAGCUCCUGGUCUGGCGCUGUCAGUGCUGGCAGUUGGCGGUCGACUGGUCACAGCGGCCCAGGAGCGGAAUGUGCUGGCCGAGUGCCGGCUGGACCCAGCUGACCUGCAGUUGCUGCUUGACUGGGUGGGCGCACCAGCCUUUGCAGCAGGUGAGGCAUGGGCACCUGUGUGCCUGCCCCGCUUCAACCCCGAUGGUUUCUUCUACGCCUAUGUGGCCCGCCUGGAUGCCAUGCCUGUAUGUCUGCUGCUGCUGGGCACCCAACGUGAAGCCUUCCAUGCCAUGGCCGCCUGCCGGCGCCUGGUUGAGGAUGGGAUGCGUGCCCUUGGUGCCAUGCGUGCCUUUGGAGAGACUGCCAGCUUCUCUAAUGCCUCAUCACCCAAUGCCCCAGCCUACAGUGUGCAGGCUGUGGGUGCACCUGGCCUCCGGCACUUCCUCUAUAAGCCACUGGACAUCCCCGAUCACCACCGCCAGCUACCCCAGUUCACCAGCCCUGAGCUAGAGGCCCCGUACUGCAGGGAGGAGGAGCGACAGCGGCUGUCAGACCUGUACCACCGCCUGCACGCCCGCCUCCACAGCACCUCCCGGCCCCUACGUCUCAUUUACCACGUGGCUGAGAAGGAGACACUGCUGGCCUGGGUGACCUCCAAAUUUGAGCUCUAUACCUGUCUCAGCCCCUUGGUGACCAAGGCAGGGGCAAUCUUGGUAGUGACCAAACUCCUGCGCUGGGUGAGGAAAGAGGAGGACCGGCUCUUCAUUCGUUACCCGCCCAAGUACUCCACGCCUCCAGCCACCUCUAUGGACCAAGCUCCCCAUAAUGGCUUGUUCCCCGGACUCUGAGAAACAGAGCUCCCAAACUGGGCAGUGCUUGGAGCAACCACCUUUGGUUUUACCUUCUGUCUCCACCCUGGAAAUGCGGAUGUGGGUGUGUCUGGCUGGUCAUUGUCUUCCCCAGGCAAUGGGGCAAGAUCUGAGGGCCUUCUGGCAGCAGCCCAGUGAGCAGGCUGCUCUCCAGCCCACCAGUGCACCUCCCUCUCUGAGGAAACCCUGUGGCUUCUCUCUCCCUUCCCUCCGCCUCACUUCCUCCACUUGGAUGGUGUUCCAGCCUCUGUCACAGGCUGUCCUCUCUAAACGUUGCUUCAGGGGUCUGCUGCCUCAAUGAAAUCUCAGCCCACAGUGCCCAGGGCUGGCCAAGGGCUCAGGGGUGGCCCAAAAGGGUUGUGGAACUGGGCAUGCAGGGGCAGCUUGGCACGGGCUUAUUUUAAAGAUAAAACUGUACAUGAAAGGCCUACAACCAACCUUUAGGAGGCUAGUUCCUUCCUUUGCCCUUCAUGUACUCCUGUUCAUCUUUGCCCUGCCAAAAAUACCCCCAUCAGUGCUGGCAGCUGCUAAUAUUAAUAAGAAGGUGACCUUGUGUCUACCUGUGUAACCCAGGGUGUACAGCACGUGACUUCUCACCGUGGCUGGGAUCCAGCCUUUUUACAGAGGGGGUGCACUCAGCUUCUAAGGCUCAUUUUACUCAUCUGUAAAACAGAUAACUAAUCCUCUCCCAUAAACUCUUUAAUGAAGAUUUGUAAACACAACGGGACUUAACUGGUGUACCACCACACAGCACACACACAUUUGUCUCAGGCCGACAACCUGCACAACUCGAGCAAUCUAAAGCAGGAAAGACCUCCUCACGAUGUCUUGUGUACACACAGCCCUCACUCCCCCACUGGCCGACAUCCCAAGCCCUGCCCUUAUUCCACUAAUUGAAGUCAUAGCCUCGUACACGCCUCUGUCGAUCAGGCGGGCCAGGCAUUCUGCGCUUGCCCAGAACCAACGUCUGACUUAGCUGGGUGGAAUGAUGGCCCAAACGCGGGCUGUACGCAUGCGUGCUGCAGGGCUCACGUGGGGUAUUUUUAGCCAAUUGUCGGGUAAGGCUGAAGAGUUGGAAAAUGGCGGGGAAGUUGGAGUCCUUGCGCGGGGAGUCGCCACCAGCCGCCGAGGACGCUGAAAGCGGUAAGGGCAAGCAUUUCUCUCCUGUCCAGGGCAGAAAGGCAGAAGGAUUCCUAUUAUUAGUUAUAAAACAAUAAUAGCAGUAGUGUUUAUUUUCUUUUUAAGAGAAAUUUUAAGCCUUUUGUAACUUUUAACCUUUCCCCAAAGUGGAGAUAAAAAAUAUGCACAUUGUCAUCAUUUAGGUUAGGUCUUGCCAACUUUAUUGACUAUAUUGCUUAUUUUAAAGUAAAUACUAAAUACUUAAGUAUGCAUCUCUUAAACGAAAGGGGGGAGGGAUGUUCACAGAAAUCUCCCCGCAGCAGCCAACCCGUAGGAAAACUAGCCGUAAUGCCCCAGCCCAUUUUACACCCCGCUGACAUCGCACUUUGCCUGAACUCUUUAAUCAAAAGUGGCCCACCCCCAACACAAGUUUUUUCCUCAAGGAUGUUGAUUUGAAUAAUGACGCCUCAACCCCUAAGGGGGCUGGGGACGAUUUUGCCUAGAAAGAACUUACUGGAAGUUGCGGUCCAGCCAAAAAACAAACUCAAAAAUCUCCCAAGGCAAUAAUCCUCUGGUAUGCCUUGGGUGGUAGCAUUUUUUUCAUUAUAGAAAUUUUCCAAAUGUACCAAAGUAGAGAAAAUAGCAUGAUGAAUGUCCAUGUAUCCAUCACUCUGGAUGUAUCCAUCACUCUGCCCUCCUUUUAUCUAUAACUACCGGUUCUGCACACUCUUUAAACUGCCAUAUUAACAAACAUUAGAUUACUACUUACCCAUACAAACAUCAGGAAAGUGAUUAUUGUCUGUCCUUGGAGGUGAGCGCUGUGAGAACUCUGUUUCUCCAGCACCUGAUACAAUGCUUGCUUGGCAUAUGAUAAGUUCUCAGUAGUUAAAAAUGAAUACAUAAAUAAUGAAAUAACUUCAAAGCAGAGUGCUCCCUUAGAUUAGAGCCACCUGUAGAGUGUCAGCAUUCAACAAAGAACAGAUGGAAAUAAGACCGAUGUAAGUAGAUCUCAUUUAUUUAGCAUAGAGCUGCCAUGGUGAUUAAAAAAAAAACCAUUUAGUAGCAACCUUUCAAAUUCUUCAAAAUUGACAUUGUGAUUGACACCAGCAAGGGAGAAAUUUGAAAAAUGUAUCAAGUCACUUUCUAACCCAUCAAAUUGGCUUUAUAAAGGAAUUGAUAAUAUCUAAUAUUGAUGACACAAGCCUUCGCUUGUUUCACUGAGAGAACUGACCAGUAAAGGCUUUGCUAGAAGCAGUUUGGCAAAGUAUUUUUUGCAUCUGAAAUUCCAUUCUACAUCUGCAGUCGCUAGGCUAGGUAGUUAGUCAUAGGGGGUACAUUCAGCCCUAGGAAUGGCCUUCAGAAUGUUGUUGAUAGAGACAACACCAGGAACAAUCACAGAAGUGGCUAAAUCUAGUCAUAUACAUACUAUGGGAUGUCUAUACAAUGGCUUUUUGUAAGAGGCAAGAAAUAAAUAAUUCAAAUUAAAUUCCAAUUAAAUUUGAAUUAUUUA